AUGAUCACAGCGAUUAUAGCAAUAGUAUUUGCAGCUCGACUUUUAGUUAUACCUAUGGAUACAGCAAGUACUCAAGGGGUCCGAUGUCAGCCUUUACCUGAUUGCUAUGCCUAUAGACGAUUACAUGCAACAAUAACAAAAUUCGGAUAUUGUUAUAUUCCAUUAACUAUAGUUAUUAUUGGUAAUCUCUUAACAAUAUUUACAAUUAAACGAGCAGUUAUUCGACGGCAUGAUCUGUUAGCAAACAAUUCUAAUCAACAGAACCGUCAAAUGGAUUCGAAUGAAAGUCACUUAAUGCUUAUGUUGUUAAUUUUAACAUUAAUGUUUAUCGUUUAUUUUGUUCCAUUUACUAUAACAAAUGCGAUAUCACGAUUAGGAUUACCAUUUAAGCAUUGCUUCACACAAAAAUCCUUUGAAGUUUAUGCUGUUCUACGUGUGUUAAGUGAAAUAUUAAAAGACUCAAAUUUUUGUUAUUUAUUGUGUAAGCGGUCGUCAGUUACGUUUUGCAUUUUCCUCACUUCUCAAUGUUCAUCAUCGACGAUCAACCACGAUUUCAACCAAAUUUAA